AUUAAUUCAUUCAGAAAAUGAGUUAAUAGAAUUCAAACCACCUAUAUUUAGUGAACUCAAUUAUCUCAGCUCCCACUGAUCAAUAUUAAAAGAGACAAUUUCACAUGGUCAAAUUAUUAGGAAGAGGAACUGAAGGAGCUGUUUAUACAGUGAAGCCUAUCAAUUGCUAAUAUUCUAAAAACAUGGCCUUGAAACUUUAAUUAAAUAUAAAGGAUUCCGAAAACUUUUUUAUUGAGGAUUUGAUGAGUUAUUAACAAUAAUUUGACCAAGAUCCAAUAAAUGCUUCAGGAAUAAUUUCCAUUUUUGAAAAAUUUAAAUAUCAAAAUUAUCAUGCAUUACUUAUGGAACUUGGUGGGUUAAAUCUAUAUGAUUUUAUUCAAACCAAUAAAAAUCUAUCAAUCUAAGAAAGAUUUGCCAUUUGUUUUGAUGUACAUAAUAACUAAUAUAAUUUUUAGCUUUUUAGACCGAUAUAUUUUAUACAUCAAAAAGGCAAAUUUCAUAGAGAUAUCAAACCAGAAAACUUUAUUCAAGUUGGAAAUAAAUUUAAAUUAAUUGAUUUUGGCUUAAUAAAAGGUGCUUCUAAGGAUUUACAACAAACUAAAGGGAUUGGAUCAUAUUAUUACUAAGCUCCAGAACUUGUUGAAUAACGGACUGAUUAUAAUGAAAAAGUAGAUUGUUGGGCCUUAGCUUGCGUUUUUUAUGAAUUACUAUCUGGUGAAACAUUAAUUAAAUGUAUCAAUUAUAAAUUAGAUGUUAGCUGAAUCUGAAUAAGGGAUAAAGCAAGAAAUCUUAUAAUUUAAAUUUUAAAAGGAGUAAUACUUUUAAAGAAUUGAUAAAAUAUAAAUCCCUUAAGAUUGUAAAGAAGCAAUAAAGAAGAUGCUGGAUCCUAACUAGAAUCAACGUUUAUCUAUCUUUGAUGCAUUAUAAACUUUUUUAAAUUAUUAAGAAAAUCAACAGCCUAAUUACUAAAAUGCAUAGCCACCUAAAAAUUAGAACUAUAAUUAAUAAGUUAAUUAAACCCAAAAUAAUCCUCUUUUAUAAACUUAAUAUUAAAUGUAUCAAAAAUAACAAAAUAUCUAACCUAAGGUUUAGUAAUAAUAAUUAUAAUAUAAUAAUAUAUAACCAUAAUAAUUGAAAUAAUAACCAUCAUUAUUCCAAUAAUAACCACCAUUAUUACAAUAAUAGCCACCAUUAUUACAAUAAUAACAGACUUUAUUGCAAUAAUAAACACCAUUAUUGUUAUAAUAACCACCUUAAUUACAAUAAGCAGUUCCAAAUUUAUUAAUAGAAUAAUAUGCAUAAUAUUUCAUAAAUGAAAUUAUUAAUUAAAUAUUACCUUCUUAAAAUUAAAAUUAGAGAGCAAAGUAAGAAAUUCAAAAUAAAAAUUAUGAAAAUACAUUUGAAAUUGAGUUUUAAAAUGCUGAGAAGGAUAUACUUGAUGUUUGUAAUGAAAUGAAAAAGGAUAUUGAAAUUGAAAUAAAUGUAAAGAAAAAUUAAGAAAUGGAGGAUCUAUAAAAAAAGUCAGAAGCAAAAAUAUAGGAAUAAGAAAGUGAAUUAGAAUAAAAAGAAUAAGUGAUUACUAAACUUUAAAAAUAAUAUUAAGAUUUAGAAUAAAAAUAUUAAGAUUUAGAAUAAUAAAAGUAAGUUUUAGAACAGUAAGUUCUAGAAAUGAAACAAUAAUUACAAAGAUAAAAUUAGAAUUAUUAAUAAGAAAAUUAAAUUCAAGAUCAUAAAUAAUAAUAAGAUCCUAAUUAAUAAGAAAGUGGCUUCAUGGAAAGCGAAAACAAAUAUUGA